AUGGAGGUUGCAGGCACCUGGGCUCUGCUGCUGUUGCUGCUGAUGGUGGCGCUGAUCCUGGCGUUGCCCAGGACUCGAUCCCAAGGCCAUCUGCCUCCCGGUCCCGCGCCGUUACCUCUGCUGGGGAACCUCCUGCAACUCCGACCUGGGGCACUGUAUUCGGGGCUUAUGCAGCUGAGUAAGAAAUAUGGACCAGUGUUCACCGUGUACCUGGGACCCUGGCGGCGUGUGGUGGUCCUAGUUGGGCACCAGGCUGUGCGUGAGGCCCUGGGAGAGCAGGCUGAGGAAUUCAGUGGACGGGGGACAUUGGCAACACUGGACCGGACCUUUGAUGGUCAUGGGGUUUUCUUCUCCAAUGGGGAGCGCUGGCGGCAGUUGAGGAAAUUCACCCUUCUCACUCUGCGCGACUUGGGCAUGGGGAAGCGCGAAGGCGAGCAGCUGAUCCAGGCUGAGGCCCAGUGUCUGGUGAAGGCAUUCCAGGAGAUGGAAGGACAGCCAUUUGACCCCUCUCUACUGCUGGCCCAAGCCACCUCCAACAUCAUCUGCUCUCUCACCUUCGGCCUCCGCUUUCCCUACACGGACAAGGACUUUCAGGCUGUGGUCCGAGCAGCUAAUGGCACUCUGCUUGGGAUAAGCUCCCCGUGGGGCCAGAGCUUGGAGAUGUUCUCCUGGUUCUUGCGGCCCCUGCCGGGCUCCCACACACAGCUCCUCUGCCAUGUGGGCACCCUGGCUGCCUUCGCCAUACAACAGGUACAGCAGCACCGGGGUGACUUGGAUGCCUCUGGCCCCGCCCGAGACGUCGUGGAUGCCUUCCUGCUGAAGAUAGCGCAGGAGGAGCAAAAUCCAAACACAGAAUUCACCGAGAAGAACUUGCUGAUGACAGUCAUUUAUCUGUUAUUUGCUGGGACUGUGACAGUCAGUGCCACUGUCUCCUACGCCCUCCUGCUACUUCUGAAGUAUCCUCAGGUCCAAGAGCGAGUGCACGAGGAGCUGACGAGGGAGCUGGAGGCCGGCCAGGUACCAGGCUUGGGGGACCGUGCCCACCUCCCGUAUACAGACGCAGUUCUACACGAGGCACAGCGACUGCUGGCGCUGGUACCCAUGGGCGUGCCCCGCACCCUCACGCAGACCACCUGUUUCCGAGGGUACACCCUGCCCCAGGGCACUGAGGUCUUCCCCCUCCUUGGCUCUGUCCUCCAUGAUCCUGAGAUCUUUGAGCAUCCAGACGAGUUCAACCCAGAUCGCUUCUUGGAUGAGAACGGAAGGUUCAAGAAACACGAAGCGUUCCUGCCCUUCUCCUUAGGCAAACGCGUCUGCCUCGGGGAAGGCCUGGCGAGAGCAGAACUCUUCCUCCUCUUCACUGCCAUCCUGAAGGCCUUCUCUCUGGAGAGCCCGUGCCCACCGGACGCCCUGAGUCUGCAGCCGGCUGUCAGUGGCUUUGCCAACAUCCCCCCAACCUUCCACCUGCAGGUCCGGUCCCGUUGA